GCACCAAGUGUCGAUCUUUAGAGCGCGGCGUCGGCUGGAAGGCUGCAUUGGCUGAGAAUAGACCGACCGAAUCGUGAGAUAUCCGCUCAACGACUUCAGAGUCCGUUGGACACGAAACGUAGACGAACGAUCUUACCGUUACGUAUAGCCAUGUUAACUGAACGCGGCUGCUUUUCGACUUUAUAACCAUGGCCGUGCCGGAACGCUUUUAUGCAGCAAAUUUCUUCACUCUUACGACUACUCCCAAAUUGAGGAUUUGUUUGAAAGAUUCAUGCCAUACUAUAACACAUAGCAACACAUCGAGAUGGCAGACCUGGGCAGCAACUCGACAAACGCUGGAGACUUCAGCGGCGCCUUGAUCACCGGAAUUGUUGUCAGCAUUGUCUUAGUCACACUCAUAGGAGGUCUGAUUUUACUGGCGGCCUUGUAUUGGAGGAAUGUUGCGCGGAAGAUCUCCCCGAAUAAGUUUGAGACACCACACAGCGAGAAAUCAUGGCCAAACCCACCGGGGCAAUCGCUGGACUGGGACAACCCGUCGAUUAAAUCCUCACCUGCCUCGUCGCGCUCAGGCUCAAUCCGACAAAAUGACCCAGUCAUCUGCAAAGAAAUGAAGCCAGUAUCACCGGACAGGGUACCAACCGUGGUAUUUGAGAGACCUUUUCUAGCUACGAAGCUACAAACCCAACAUCCCGCUCAGGACACAAGACGCGCCAACUGAGGCGCGCAUUUUAUGAUAUUUUGUUUAAAGCAUGGUUUAGCAUGGAGUUUUGGCAACGGUCAUUUGGGGAAAAGGAUGAUGGAAAAGGCGAAGCCAUUGGGUUUUGGACAUGAAUUUUUCGGGAAUACUGCGAUUUGCGGUACGGGGCACCGCGCAGUCACUGUCAUAUGAACAAAGAUGAUACAAGAAAUCACGAAAUGCAAAAUGGCUAUUCCGUCAGGACUAGAACUUUACUUCUCUAAGCACGGAGCAGUAACUAUCGCAAACCCUACGUCCCGAGGCACGCAACAGGAUACAAAACUAUCGUCAUCAUUGAAACUGGCUCUCGCAUUGAGGGGGUGGAAGCUCACGUCGAC